ACAAGAGAUACCCUUCUUAACUGAAGAGUUGGUACACCUCCCUUUUACACCAUGAUAUAACUCCUAUACCAUGCUCUUAGUCUGAUUUUACCAAUCUAACAGGCCUUAACCUGUGAACCGGCUUCGAUAAUCUUUCUGUUUGUUGUAUUACUAUCAGACGCAUGCGUAAGUAUAUUAAAAAAGAAAAAAUGUCAUCAGCCCAAUAUGAAUAUUGUCCAGAUCCAGAGGAUAGUGAUCUUGUUUUCAACAUUCCCUCAGGAAAUUAUGUUAAAGAAUCUGUUGUGGAAACCAACGAACCUGCAUCUGAUUCUGAUGAAGCUCCAGAUGAAAUUUCUUUUAGCAAAGCAAAAAAUGCUGCACUAUCUAUCCUUAAUGCAGAAGAACAAAUGAAGAAAAGUACUAAGGCAGAAAAGAAAAAGCAGGGUCAGAAUAAUGAAGCACGAAUGAAGGAACAGAAGCAGAAACAUUUACAGUCAUUGGCCUCGAAAAGGUUACCUAACAAUCUGGUGGAUAUAAUUUCUGCUCAGCCUGUGCAAUUCCAAGAUGGGGAAAAAAAACGAAUAAAGGAAUCCAAAUCAAAAGAUGCAACAAGCAAACACAUAAGAUUUGAACAUUACAUUCCACUAGGGAAAGAUGAUGUAAUAUCCCCUGAUUUUAGUGUAGCAAUCCUUGAAUCAAAAAAAUGGAAGAACAAGUUUUCAAAACCUGGCUGUAGUAUUCCAUCAAAUUUUCGCCAGAAAAUGUUGUAUGGUCGGAAUAAUCAGCGAGAAUCAACCAAGAAACUUGACCAAACCAGAAUGAAGCAGACUUUAUCAGGUAAAAGUCAAUUAGUAGGUUGCUGAUGCUUGUAUGUUUCUUUCGAUAAAACUGUCUGCAGUGUGAGAAUAAAUGACUUGAACACA